AUGUCGUUUCCAACACCUUCCACGUCAUCAGCCAACUAUGAAGAGGUCUACGAGCCCAGCGAAGACUCCUUCAUGCUCCUGGACGUGCUGGAAAUGGAACAGAGCUACAUCAACAGCCAUCUGUCAUACCCUGUGGUGACAGAGAUCGGAACCGGAUCAGGCAUCGUCACCACCUUCAUGCUGAAAUCCGUGGUGCCCAAAGGCGUCUUUUUGGCUACAGAUAUCAGCCCCUUUGCAUGCAACCAGGUUCUGGCCACGUCAAAAGAAAACAACGGCACCCAGUACCUCGAGGCGCUUCGUGGAGAACGUACCACAAUGAUGAGACCUCAUACCAUCGAUCUACUGGUCUUCAACCCUCCAUAUGUGCCAGACGACAAGCCCGUAGAACCCUACCCGGAGACAGAUGGUGACUGGGUCGAUUGGGCACUUCUUGGAGGUGAAGACGGAAUGCAGGUGACUUGGAAGGUGCUACUAGAACUGAAGACCAUACUGUCAAAGAACGGAAUCGCCUACAUUUUGUUCUGUGCAAGCAACAAGCCAGAACAAGUGGCUGUCAAAAUGAGGGAACUGGGAUGGAUCGUGACGCGCAUUGUUGAAAGAAAAGAAGGCAGGGAACUUCUAAGUGUCUACAGAUUCGAGCUGAAGUAG